CGGUGCACAGACUUCUGGGAAAUGUAGUCUAUGGGACUGUGACGUCACAGGGAGACUUCCAGGAAAUUCUCUUUCGGCUUUUGGUUUCCACACAUGAGUCUUCCCCAAAGUUGGGCGAGAGUCCUGCUCUACAGUCCUGUUGUGUCUCAGACAUGGAGGAAAUGCUGUCCUUCUGGGAUGUGGCCAUUGAUUUCUCUCCAGAAGAGUGGGAAUGCCUGGAGCCUGCUCAUUGGAAUUUAUAUAGGGAUGUGAUGUUGGAGAACUACAGCCACCUUGAUUUCCUGGGUCUUGCUGUCUCUAAGCCACAUCUGGUGACAUUUCUGGAACAAAGACAAGGACCUUGGGAUCUGAAGAUACAAGCAGCAGCCCCUGUGUAUCCAGGAACAAUACCCAAUGAUUGUAAUAAUUACAGCAAGGCCACUGAUUGUAAUUCACUACAUAUUCAAUGCCAGAGAAUUCAUACAGGGGAGAAACCCUACAAGUGUGAAGAAUGUGGUAAGGGCCUUAGUUCUCAAAAAGCCCUGUCUAUACACCAGAGACUUCAUACUGGAGACAAACCCUACAUGUGUACAGAAUGCCAUAAGGCCUUCAGUACUCGCUCAUCACUUUUUAUACACCAGAAAAAUCAUACUGAUGAGAAAACCUACAAGUGUGAAGAAUGUGGCAAAUCAUUUUACUAUCCUUCAAUGCUGAAGCAACAUCAAAGAAUUCAUUCUGGAGAGAAGCCCUACAAGUGUGAAGAAUGUGGCAAAGCUUUCUAUGAUCGUUCAUUCCUGAAGCAACAUCAAAGAGUUCAUUGUGGAAAGAAACUGUACAAAUGUGAAGAAUGUGGGAGAACAUUUUCCUCUGCUUUAACCCUUAACCAACAUAAAGGAAUUCAUUCUGGACAGAAAAAGUACAAGUGUGAAGAAUGUGGCAAAUCUUUUUGCUAUCCUUCAUUUCUUAAGCAACAUCAAAUAAUUCACUCUGGAGAGAAUCUCUACAAGUGUGAGGAAUGUAGCAAACAAUUUUACUGUUUUCAACACCUUCAGGAACAUCAAACAAUUCAUACUGGAGAGAAACCAUGCAAGUAAGAAUGUCAUAAAUCCUUUUAUAAUUAUGCAACCCUUAGGAGACACAAGAUAGUUCAUACUGGAGAGAAAACCUACAAUGAAGAGUGUAUCAACUGUUUUUCUUCUUCUGCCCUUAGAAGACAUCUAGUAGUUCAUUCUGAAGAUAAUCCCUACAAGUGUGAAGAAUGUGGAAAAAUGUUUUCCCAUGCUCCACGCCUUCAGGAACAUCAAACAAUUCAUACUGGAGAGAAACCAUACAAGUAUGAAGAAUGUCACAAAGCCUUUCGUUAUCACUCAGCCCUUAGAAACGAGACAGUUCAUACUGGAGAGAAACCCUACCAGUGUGAAGAGUGUAGCAGAUGUUUUUCUGCUUCUUCAGCCUUUAGACAACAUCAAACAGUUCACUCUGGAGACAAUCCUUAUAAAUGUGAAGAGUGUAGCAGAUGUUUUUCCUCAUCUUCAUCUCUUCGAAGGCAUAAAAAAAAAUUCACUCUGAAAAAAACUCCUACAAGUCUCAGGAAUGUGAAAAGGCCUUUGUUAAUCAUUGUAGCUUUACUGAAUAAAAGACAGUUCAUACUGGAAAGAAGUCCUACAAUUGUAAAAAGUUUACACUUCUUCAGCCCUUAAAAGACAUCAAAUUCUGAAUACAAAUUCCAUGAGUUUGUUGACUGUGGUAAAAUCUUUGCUAAUCAUUCAGACCUUGUUCAAAUCAAAUGAAUCCAUAGUGGAGAAUAUUAACAUAAUUAUUUUGGAAUAUCAAUAGGAAUAUCAUCUAACUUCCACCAGCACAAAGGUAAGAAUUGUCAUCAGAACACAGUAGAGACUUCUUUUUGCUGUCACCUCCCCACCGGUUUGUUCAAUGUGUUUGAAACGUGCCUUGAUUGAUGAGUCACUUUCUCCUGUAACUAUAAAUGUUCCAUGAAACUGUUACUAUAUCAUAACUUUGUCUGUUGCAUGCCCGGAAUCUGAGAUCCCGGCUGUGGCAUAGUUACUGUUAUUUUUUUCAAAUGCUGUCACCCAAGCUCCUGUAAUAGCAUCUCCCCUGGGUGUAUAAGAAGCUCCAUGGACUCAUAUUUCUCACUAUGUUGGAUUUUGGUGGAAUGGUCUGCAUUGGUACCAAUUUGGGGUGAAUGGGCAUUUGUGUUUUUCUCCCCGAGGAAAUGCUCAUAGAACACAUUAUCAGUCAUAGUUGAUUCCAGAGUAAAGAAUCUCUCUCUCUCUCUCUCUCUCUCUCUCUCUCUCUCUCUCUCUCUCUCUCUCUCUCUCUCUCUCAAAGUUCAGAACAGCUUUUCUCAUAUGUAUCCAACGUCAUGUCACAGAAACUUGGAACCGUAUUGAAAUAAAGACCCAAGUCAAUUCCACUCACUCAGCAGAAAAGAUGUAUUUGAUUAGUGAAUAUGUGAUCAUCAAGUAUGAAACAUUGUAGGGGCAGAUCUUUACUGUUGAUUCAGAUCUGAAAAUGUCUUCUCAAUCUUAUGUUUACUAAUUUACUGUAAACUGUUAAUACAGGGUAAUUAACACCUAAACAUUAAUAAUCACUGACUUAUAAAUGAUUAAGUCUUUACUAUGCCCAAAAUUGUGUUUCUAGUCAUGCUAAGUACAAGUGAAAUUUAUUUACCAAGAUGAGAUGGGAAGGAGGGCCAAUUUAUAUCUCUCCUUUUAUAAUCUUCUGUAUGUGCUGUUGAAGUAUAUCCCAAAGCAUGUACCUCAAAACUAGUUUAAACUUCGUUUAGUAUGACAUGAAAUUAAAAAUCAACUGUAAUUAUUUUUUUUUAACCUAUUUUGGGAAAUAGAGGGCUAAAACUAAAGAUGUUAAAUUUAUAGUACCAAUGCAUGGCAGUUCACUGCCAGGCCCAAGUAGCAUCAUUUGGAUGGGACACAGACCCUAUCAGAGUAAAUUGUGUGCUAGCCACAUUACAGGAUAAGGAUGCACAAGGAAAGAAGACGUGAUGAAAGUCUGCUGCUCCUGUCUCCCUCUGGCAUGUGGCCAGAUUAGGAGAACUUCCUAGGAAAGAUGAAUUAUUCAUGUUUCACAUGGCAGUCAGAUGGAUUCCCUUGCCAAGUAGAGAGUUUAUACCCACAUCCUAAAUUUCUCAAGCCACAGAGGGGCAAAUACCAAUUAUUCUGCCUUCCUUGUCUCCCUUUGUAACCAAUGAGGAUGCUGUCAAUAGGGAAUCUUUGUAUCUAACCUGCCACCCAAAUGGUAUUCAAUUUACAUCAUAGUUGAAUUGGCCAUGCCCCUACCCUGACAUUCUGUUUUUCUCCUCCUAGCAAAGCCAGUUCCAGGAUGACAGACAGGUCAAUGCAUGAUUCUGUAAUGAGUCCCAAGAAGUUUUAAGUAACAUAAGACAGAGUUGGCCAAGAGGCCAGUCAGUACAGCAGGAUCAAGUGUGAGCACUCAUUUAAACAUCAAGCUUCAGGAUCCACCGUGCACAGCCAAGAAAAGAUCACUACCUGAGGAGAACGAAACUUGAACUGUGAAUGUCCAGCCGGACCAGCCUCUCUGAAUCACAUGCCGGAGAUGAUGGUGACCUGCUCCUCAGCCCCACUUGUAAUGUGGAUCCAAAUAAAUAAAUAAAUAAAUAAAUAAAUAAAUAAAUAAAUAAAUAAAUAAAUAAAUAAAUAAACCUGGCAUCAGAUCUAGGGGUAAAUGCUGAAAGAUCAAAGAAGUAAAGGAGCCAGCCACUAUAGAGACUUAUUUCUACCGAAUCCUCAGACCAAAAAUGGGGCUGAGUUUCUGUCUCCUCCCACCUUAUAUUCCUGUUUCCACCUUCCUAGUGCUGGGAUUAAAGGCCUGGCUCUGUUUCUCUUUUAGACUGGAACUCCUGAUCUUCCUGCUUCUUCUUCCCAAGUGCUGGGAUUAGAGGUGUGUGUCACCACUGCCUGGCCUCUGUGGUUACCAGUGGCUAGCUCCACCCUCUGAUCUUCAUGCAAGCUUUACUUGUUAGAGCACAAACAUCAUAUCACCACAUUUCCCCUUUUUUUGUCUAAAAUAAAAGAAGGUUAUAACUAAUAUAUGAUAAAGUAUAUACGAUAAGUACAAUAACUAUACACAAUAUAUAAGGCAAUAAUUUCAUUAAAAAUAUUCAGUUCACUAGCAUCUGACAAAUUCAGAGAAAAUAUUCCCAUUAUCUAUCCUAUCUUGGUGAGUCCAAAAGGUUGUAUUAAUUCACCCUCUAUCCUAACUUGUACAAACAAUAUAUCACCACACCCACUCCCUUUGCAAGCCUCAGGGCCAUCAUGUUUACUUGGCAGAAGCUUGAGGUGUUCCACCGGGGUCCUUGGAGAUAGAGGUCACAAUUCUCCUUCUUCCCUUUGGACUCAGGGUGUUAUUGGCCCUCAUGCUUCUGUCUUACUCAGGGGUAUCUUUAUUAUAAUGAAACACUAUGAACAAAGCAUUUGGGGGAGAAAAGGGUUUGAUUGGCAGAGGGUCACACAAUUUUCAUCACUGAAGGAAGUCAGGACAGGAAUCCAAACUGGGUCAAAACUUGGAGGCCAGAACUGAUGCAGAGGCCAUGGAGGGUUGCUGCUUACUGGUUUGCUCUCUGGGACUUGCUCUGACUGCUUUCUUAUAGCACUCAGGACCAGCAGGUCAUAGAUGAACCCAAGCAACAUGGAGUGGGCCCUUCCACUUCAAUUAUUAAGAAAUUGCCCUAUAUCCUUGCCUACAGCUAGAUCUUAUGGAGGCAUUCUCUCAGUUGAGGUUCCCAUCUCUCAAAUGACUGUAGCCUGUGUCAAGUUGACAACAACAACAACAACAAAAAAAACCCUAGCCAUCAUGGCUUCCAAAAGGGCUAGCCACAACAGCCCAUCAGGUCUGGUCUCUGAAUCAAAAGUUUACUAACUCUGCUACAUCUGAUCAGUCAGGCCCUGCCCAAUUAACUGGCUAUUAAACUUUGUCAAUUGACAGCCUCUCAAAAAAUAAAACCAAGGUUUCAGUCCUGCUCUUUCAUUAAAAUCAAAAAAUUUAAAGUAAUUAAAAGGAGUGGGGAAUGCCAGGUGUGGUGGUGCAUGCCUUUAAUCCCAGCACUUGGAAGGCAAAGGCAGGCAGAUCUCUCUGAGUUCCUCUACUUCCUCCCAUCUUGUCUUAGUUAGGGUUUCUACUGAUGUCAAGAGACACCAUGACCACAGCAUCUCUUAUGAAAGAAAACAUUUAAUUGAGGUUAGCUUACAGGUUGAGAAGUUUAGUCCAUUACUAAGGAGAAGGAACCCAGGGUUCUACAUCUGGAUUGCAGGCUGUAGGAAGGGAGUGUACCUCUGGACCUGGCUUGAGUAUCUGAAACCUCAAAGCCCAUGCCCAGGGACAAACCUCCUCCAACAAGGCCACACCUACUCCAAUGAUGGCAUACCUCCUAAUAGUGUCACUCCCUGUGGGACUGUGGGGGCAUUCAAACCACCAUAACUCUGAAGCCUCUUCAGGAAAGUAUAUUGUAUUUCCUCUCUUCUGAAAAAUGAUUCCUCCUUUCCUAUUGGAAAGGACCUAAUGUAUACAUACAAAAGGUCUCUCCUGAGAAAUGGCCAUGUAUAUUUUAUAGAUCAAUGCCCUUUCUUCCCAGCUGUGGAAGGGUCCAGGGAAAAACAAAAACAAAAAUUAACCAAAUAAUAUAUAAUAACACCUCAGUGUACAUCUUCUGUGAUGUGAUUAGAUUUUUGACUUUAAAAACACCCUACCUUCCCUUCCUGUCCUACUAAUAGCCUGUCUGAGGUGGGAGACUACUCUUGGUCACCAGCACUCUUAAAUGCUUUAAUAAACAUGAUGAUUUGUAAUUUU